CUUUGCGCAGCAAUAUGCUCCGACGCGCCGCUGCUCUCCGACGCGCCUGCCACCCUCGCCGCUCGUACGCGACCAUGACCCGGGGCAUUGGCCACCUCCGGCCAGCCCCGACGGCGAUCGCCGAGCUCACGCCCGCCAAAGCUGCGAUCGCUGCCGCACCCAAGCCCGAGCUCACGGACGAGUACAUUGGCAAGACGGGCGCCGCGAUCUUUCACUCGACGCUCGCCGAGCUCGGGGUGGACACCAUCUUUGGGUACCCUGGCGGUGCGAUUCUGCCUGUCUUCGACGAGAUCCACGAGUCGCCCCACUUUGACUUUGUCUUGUGCCGCCACGAACAAGGCGCGGGCCACAUGGCGCAGGGCUACGCCCGCGCGACGGGCAAGCCCGGCGUCGUGCUCGUCACGUCGGGGCCUGGCGCGACCAACACGGUGACGCCGCUCCAAGAUGCGCUCAUGGACGGCACGCCGAUGAUCGUUUUCUCGGGCCAAGUCGCGACGCCGGUGCUCGGCAGCGACGCCUUCCAGGAGGCCGACAUCAUGGGUAUCACACGCCCAUGCACCAAGUGGAACGUGCAAGUGCGCAACAUCAAGGACCUCGCGCGCCAUCUCCGCGAAGCCUACCACAUCGCGACGACCGGCCGCCCGGGGCCCGUGCUCGUAGACCUCCCAAAGGACAUCACGGCCGGCAUCUGCAAGACGGCCGUGUCCAAGACGCCGCAGCUCAUUGGCUACUAUGGCGAAAACAAGGUCGACGGCAACCGCGUCGACCAGUCCGAGAACCUCCAAGCCGCGGCGGCGCUCAUCAACAAGGCGAAGAAGCCCGUCAUUUACGCCGGCCAAGGCACGAUCCACUGCAGCGAGGCGCUGCGAUCGCUGGCCAAGGAGUUCAAGCUCCCGGUCACGACGUCGCUCCAAGGCAUGGGCGCGUUUGACGAGACGGACCCGCUGAGUUUGCACAUGCUCGGUAUGCACGGGUCCGCCUACGCCAACUAUGCGAUCCAAGAAGCCGACUGCAUCAUUGCGAUCGGCGCGCGCUUCGACGACCGCGUCACCGGCCGCGUGCCCGACUUUGCCCCCGAGGCUCGCCGCGCCGCGCGUGAUGGCCGCGGCGGCAUCAUCCAUUUUGACAUUUCGGGCAAGCAGGUCGGCAAGAUCGUGCCGGCCACGGUCGGUGUCAUUGGCGAUGCGAAAUACAACAUUGAGCAGCUCUUGCCGCUGCUGGUGCGCGACGAACGCCAUGAAUGGCACGAAAAGAUCAGCGGCUGGAAGAAGGCACAUCCGUUCCGGUACCGCGCGGCCGCGCCGGGCAUGCCCAUGAAGCCGCAGCGCGUCAUUGAAGAGCUGUACACGCAGACGAAAACGAACGACAAGGUCAUCAUCUCGACCGGGGUCGGGCAGCACCAGAUGUGGGCGGCCCAGUUUUACCGGUGGCGCAACCCGCGGUCGUUCCUUACGUCGGGCGGCCUCGGCACGAUGGGCUACGGGCUCCCGGCCGCGAUUGGCGCCAAAAUGGCCAAGCCCGACCACAUGGUCAUCGACAUUGACGGCGACGCGUCGUUCGCGAUGACGCUGACAGAAAUGGCGACCGCCGCCGAGUUCAACGUCGGCGUCAAGGUGCUUCUUCUGAACAACAACUUUCAGGGCAUGGUCAAGCAGUGGCAGGACCUCUUUUACGAGAAGCGCUACUCGGGCACGGUCAUGAAGAACCCGGACUUUGUCAAGUUUGCCGAAAGCAUGCACUGCAAAGCGAUCCGCUGCACGGACGAAGCCGACCUCCCGCGCGCGAUGGCCGAGUUCCUGGCCGCCGACGGCCCGAUCCUCGGCGAGUUCGUCGUCGAGAAGGACGAGCACUGCUACCCGAUGGUCGGUGCCGGCCGCGCCCUCGACGAGAUGAUCUUUGGUGACUUUGACGACUGCCCCGGCACGACGUCGCAGUAAGCAAGCAACUCACAUUGUAGACUCUCCACCGUACUGACUAACUUAUACAUGUUGCUAAUAAAUGAUGCAUGACAA